UCGUCAAACUACAAACGUAAAUUUGAUUUCAAAUGUAAAAAAAAUCACCUUCAAAUUCAUUUUACAACUAUUUAAAUAUAAUGGUUUCUUUUCUAUAUCUUAAAUAAGUAUAAAAUUGUCUCGAUGAAGAAAGCCAGAUGAUGGCAAAUACUAGUAGUAGAUGCUUUGAAUAAACUAAAAUAGAUAUCAUGCGGAGGAACAAACGAUCGAAAUAAGAAUCUGGAUAGCAAGAUAUAAUUAGCACCAUCGAAUCCGUAGGACAAAUAUAUAGUUAUCAUUCAAAUCACCUAUGAAUAGUAUUUGAUGGCAGCGAGACUAUGAAAAUUGCAAAGAGCCAAGACAAAUGGAAAAUUGUAUUCGCAUCUAAUGCGUGUCAGUUCACCACAAUUCCGACUUUCGCAUCCUCGACGUCGUCAUGUAUGGAUCUUGAACUUCCAUUCCUGAUAAAUCCCGAGGAUUUGUGGAGCUAGACGCGAUGCAAAAAGAAACUCCGAAAAUGUGAACGUCUAAAGAAAGGCAGAUGCUCAACAAGGCGCGGCCUCGUCAAGAGUGGUCUCCUCAAUCUCCCAUAGAUGUCUUGUGGAUGUCCCGCUCCGCCAUGAGGCCGGCCGAGGGUGACGCAUCGUCAGAUUGCAUCUUGAUAGUCGGCGUAUCCAGGUCGAAGAUGGCCGUCGCUUUCCUGUCGGUCGCCCUGCUAUCCCUCUUCCUCACCUUCCACAUACUUUACGACAGCGCCGUUUACAGCCUCCACGCGGUCUCCGCCGUCGAAGGACGCACGGUCGAGCUGGUCUCUCAGGUACGCGCGACGCCGCCGCUCCUCUUCUCCACCUCGAAGGUACACUUCCCGCGAACGAAUCGCCAUCUCCCUCAGGCCAUCAUAAUCGGCGUACGCAAAUGCGGCACGAGGGCGUUGCUGGAGAUGCUCUUCCUUCAUCCGCAGAUACAGAAAGCGGCCGGUGAAGUUCACUUCUUCGAUCGCGACGACAAUUACGGGAAGGGUCUGGAAUGGUAUCGGCGAAAGAUGCCCUACUCCUUCAAGGGGCAGAUCACCAUCGAGAAGAGCCCGAGUUACUUCGUGACCCCCGAGGUGCCCGAGAGGAUUCGCGCGAUGAACGGCAGCGUCAAGCUGCUGCUGAUCGUGCGGGAACCGGUUACCCGAGCUAUAUCGGACUACACGCAAUUGCGCACGCACGCCGCGACCGCGUCCACGUUAAUCAACAACGGCACGCCGCAACUGCAGCAACAAACGGCGCGCACUUUCGAGGAGCUCGUUAUGCGACCCGAUGGUACGAUUAACGAAUCCUACAGACCGGUGGCCAUCUCUCUCUAUCACACUUACAUGCACCGCUGGCUGGAGGUGUUCCCCAGGGAGCAGAUCCUCAUAGUGAACGGUGAUCAAUUGAUCGAGGACCCGGUACCGCAGCUGCGCCGAAUCGAGAAUUUCCUCGGGCUCGAGUCGCGCAUCGGCCGGCACAACUUUUACUUUAAUCACACCAAAGGUUUCUACUGCCUGAGGAACGAGACCUCGGAGAAGUGUCUGAAGGAGAGCAAAGGGCGCCGUCAUCCGCGCGUCAGUCCGAUGGUCGUGACGAAGCUGAGAAAGUUCUUCAACGAACACAAUCAACGCUUCUACGAGCUGGUCGGCGAGGAUCUCGGUUGGCCGGAGGAAUAACCAUCGUGGAGAGCACCGACUCGUUCGUUAUCGACGCGGGUCGCGCGCGCAUCCAGCGACGAGCACGAUCGUUUAACUAAAAUCGAAUGUCCUCCCCUCACCGAAGAAGAGACGCCAUUACCGAUCAACGGUGGACUCGACCGCUGCAAGCCGAAAAGAAGAUUCCAACUGACGUUGUCGAUGAAGAUUCUUCGGGAUUACAUCGUUCCCAUCAGCGAUACCUCACCUGAUCUCUUCGGGGACACCGACAGGAUAAGUAGUUUAUUUAUUGAAAUAGUUCAUUUAGCCCCUUGUUUUCGAGAAAGAGAUAUAAUGGGCUGAUGCUUGACGACGAGAGCAUCAAUGGAUGCACGCGAAAACAGCGUCUUGUUAUUGCAUUAUCAGUGUAAAGCGUACGCGUACAAUGAUGCGAGAACGCUUACGUUGGCAACCGGCAACGUAGUAGACGGGGUAAGCACACAGGUGAGAAUCGCGUGUACAGAUACACGAUUUUUGCUUGUGUGCUCACUUCCUCUGUUAUGUUGCCGGUUGCCAGUGUAAACAUUCUGGCGUCAUUACGCGUAUACAAAGACACGCACACAUGAAAGUACACGUACACAUACAUACACAUAUAUACACACACAAAGUUACAAUAACGCCGGCCAAAAUAAAGUAGAGACGCGGAUCCGCGAGACAAACUACAAUCGCUUCGUGGAUCCACGAGGCAUGCGGAUCACAUUGGUCCGUGACUUUACAUAUCAAUUUUACAUAUCGAUAGUUUACAUAUCAAUAGGUUAACUAGUUCGUACGACAAAGAUUGAAUAUUUUUAUAAUCCACAUUGGAAGUUGUUAUAUCGCUUAUGUCGUUAAGGAUAUUACAUAACGCGAGAGAUCUCUCGCGGUGAUCCAAAAGAUCGAAAGUCUUAUUGCGCCUCGCGCAUGCACGAUCCACUAUCAUAGAAGAUGAAGCGAAAGACGAGGAGGGAAUGGGAAGAAUAGGGGGGUAAUCGAGAAGGGUAGGGGGGUACGAAAUAAUUACGCCAAUUCGCUUUUUUGCGAAUCGAAAGCAAAUCGAAAGCUCGGGCUUUUAUUUUUCGCCGUCUCUCCAAUUUUAUUUCUUUCCUCUCGCGGAAGAACGCGAACGUUCUUCUCCAUCGUUCUCUGACACUGGAUAUCGGCGCAAGCGUUCCUCUGGGAACACGAAGAGAAGUAGGGUGGAAUCCGACCAACCGCGAAUAAACUCGUCAACGGUUCGAGAGAGGCUACACCGUAGAAAUCUUGAUAAUCGAUUAUUUUCCAAAUCCCGAUAGAGAGCUUGUAAACGCGCGCAUAUAACAUUUUACAUACACAUGUAUCAGUAAUUUUUAUCGAAAGAGAGAUCGAAGCGAAUGGCUGCGUUCAGCAGGAAAAGCUACUUUGCAACUGUUGUAAAAUUCGUGAAAUUCUGAUUGGUGUAUGCUCUUAGAUUCAGCCAAAAUUAAGGGCAUACACCAAUCAGGCUCACGAAUUUUACAACAGUUUUACAACAAGGCAGCUUUUUUUGCUGAACGCAGCCAUUGUCACGCGAGCGAUAAGAACAACGUGGCGGAAAUGUGUCAACAUUAUCUCGACGUUUUUGCCGAAAGAGUUGUGAAUAAUUACGCGAGUAAUUAAUAAUUCGGCUUGACGUCGACGAGAAUGAUGAACGCCGCGAGAUGGAAAUUGAGAUAAACGCCCUGCGGAGUCUGUUCGCGGAUUCUAAGAUGAAGACGUGUUAAACCUCACGAUGACAAAUUAUGUUGCAGCCGUUUACGCUCUCGAGUAAUUUUCGAGCAGAAAUUUACAUCUUUUUUUUCACAGACUUCAGGCAAGAAUGACCGUUGAUAAGAAUCAUUGGGUGCAUUCGGAAGCAUUGGUUUCUACGUUUGAAUUCACCAGUUCACAUUCGAUUGCUACUUGACCGCUCGGUGAGCGGUUGUGCUUCUGGAUGCACCCAUUGCGACGAUUAUUAACAUAAUCACACGCAUCUACAAUCAUUGAGAACAGGAGCGGGAUAAAAGAAGCGCGAGAAACGACAGCUUGUUGCUCAACGACAAGUUUUUCUCUCGGAAGGAUACGACGCCAUAAAUAAUCCGCUUUACGGCGCAAGUGAAUCGUGCAUGCGCGACAAAGUGCAUCGUGCGUUAAUUCGUGCGAUAAAUACGCGGUCGCUUAAAGCUCCGAUUCAGGCGGCCGGAGAUCUCGGGAGUAAUUCGCGAUUCGAAGCCGAGUGCGUCAAUUUCCCUCGCGCUACAGAUAAGGAACACGACUCCUAAUGUUUGACAUCCUUGCGAACGGGUUCAAACCAACCGAGAAAAUUCUGUUUGCGACGAUUAAAUUACUUUCAGCGAGAAGAGAAAAUGUUUAUCUAUAGCACACUGCGAGAGACGACUAGACGAACCUAGUUUUUAUUUAUAGCCAUUUAAAAGUCAAGCUUCGCUUUAUCCCGACCCCGUUAAUUAUCUCGUCUCCGCAAAUUUCCUUAGCCGCCGCAAGUUACACGUGACUCGAUGAUCGGUUCCUAAAGUUCCCAAACUCGACAAUCUCGACAACAUUAAUUUCUGGUCCCGAGCGACUCAAAGAGAAUCGCUUCGCUGAUUUUCCUCUUCGCGCACGCGCUUCGAUCUAAUUUUUGCCCGAGGUUCCGUAAGAGUUGUAAUUUUCAUCAAAAGCGCUUUGUUUUCUUUUAUUUUUACUUAAUUAGGCUAAUCAGUUUACAACUUCGUAAUUAUUACGCGCGGUUUAAUGACUCUUGAUUAAAUUAUUCCGUUAAAAAGAACUGCUUAGAAGAAUUUUUCUUUCAUAAUUUCUUCGAUGCUACGUGCAAGAAAAUUUUGAAAUUUUACUCUAGUCAAAGUAUAAACUUUGUGUUUCGAAUUUUUCACGUAUU